UUGUUAUUUCCACUGGUUUCCAUUGAAAGAGAAGCAGUAGGGUUGCCGAACGAAACGACGGAGGAGCGUGCGGAGUAAGCGAAGGGUGAGCAGGAGCGCAGGAGCGAGAGAUCGAAGUAAUGGGGAAAGAUCUCACCGAAGAGCAGGUGGCGUCCAUGCGGGAGGCCUUCACACUGUUCGAUACGGACGGAGAUGGCCGGAUCGCACCGUCGGAGCUUGGAAUCCUCAUGCGUUCGCUGGGUGGGAACCCGACGCAGGCUCAACUGAAGGCGAUCGCGACUGAGGAGGGGCUAACUACGCCUUUCGACUUCACUCGCUUCCUGGAGCUGAUGCGGAAGCACUUGCGAGCCGAGCCUUUUGAUCGCCAACUACGCGACGCUUUCAAAGUGCUCGACAAGGAUUCCACCGGCUUGGUCUCAGUCGCCGACCUCCGCCACGUCCUUACAUCUAUUGGGGAGAAACUCGAGCCGAAUGAGUUCGAUGAGUGGAUCCGCGAGGUUGAUGUCUCGCCGGACGGCACCAUUCGUUACGAGGACUUCAUCCUGCGCAUGGUCGCCAAGUGAUCCUGUUUCGUGGUAUUUAAGGUUUGUGAUCGAUCCUUUAUCUCUCAGAUUAUCUGCAGAUCGGAUGGUUUGUGGUUUGUGCUAGCCUUCUAGGGCUUUUACAGAUCUUAUUUUUUAGGUUGUUUGUUGUGCUGAGAGAUUAAGGAUCUAUGUGAUCGCAUUUGAUCUACUCUAUUAUUAUUUUGUUGUCAUGUUUGGCAUUGUUACAUGAAGCGUUUAAUCAGGGAAAUGUUUGACACAUGUUUGGUUUUCAAAAUUUUUAUUCCUUGCAA